GUGCGGGCCAGGAGCUCCUCAUGCGCCCACCUCCUUGCCCGUCAGCGUCUUGACCUUGAUCAACAUCUCCCUGUGCGAGCGAUCACGGGCAGAUGCGUAAGGGCAAGGCGCCAAGGGCAAGGCACGCGACUGCUCCGCUCUUGCCUGCCAGCUGCCACCGCUCCAUCGUGUCUGGCCAGGGCAUCGCCCAGCGUGCAUGGUCUUCCCAGGUCCCUCAAGGCUACAUCCAACCCGGCGCUCGACGGGGGAUGCUCGCAGUCAUGUUGCGCCUAUGGACUUUGAAUAUCAGGCCCCCCGUCGUCCCUUACAGCCAGCAACGCAGGCCUCCGCGGAUUGCCGUGAACAUAGCAAGCGCGGCCACGCAGACGAUGCGACGGACAUGGACCUCGACGAACCUGCGCCAGCAAACGGUCUUCAGGCUCUCUGGAGUCGCGUGACAGCGACCCCGGCUGCCGAAUUCACCGAGAAUGAGCUUGCCGACGUGAGCAUGCACUCUGCCUCGUCUGCCAAUGGUCCUGCACAACCCAUUGAGGUCGCUUCACAGCAAGUCACUUGCGCGAAGGACGAGAAGCCGGCUCAUACUCAGCCAAUGAGCGAGCGAGAGCGCGCUUGCAGUGCCGCAGAACAGCCUCGCAGCGCGACGGCGCCAGAUAGUUUAAAUGCUCAGAGUCAACAGCUGGCGCUCGCUCAGACGCGAAAGCGCGCUCGUCGCGGCAAGCAGGCCCAAGUCACGAGGAAUGCGCAGCAGUACCAUGUUCACAACCACACUUAUGGCGCCCCGGCAGCAUGCGAUUCAGACUUAAGCCGGUCCUGGUGGCGAGAGGAGGUGCCGUCAGUCUUGCUGGGCUACGCGCAGUUUGCUUUCAAUGCCUCGCUGCUCGGUCUCGCGCUCUGGCUUGCGCUUGGCUUUGUCUUGACGGUCAGACACGAUGUCAGCGAUCGCAUGACGUCCUACUCGACCGAAAUUCUGCAAGAGGUCGAGCAAUGUCGACAGCUCUAUCUGGCAAACAGAUGCGAACCAGAGACAAGAAUCCCCCACAUGGAAAGCACCUGCCAAGGCUGGGAGCACUGCAUGAAUAGGAAUCCAAAGAUCGUUGGUCGGGCACGCGUGGCGGCAGAAACGCUGGGCGAGGUGAUCAACAGCUUUGUGGAAGUCAUGUCUUGGCGGACGAUGAUUUUUCUGGUCCUGCUCUUUGCCACCCUGCUCGUCUGUACCAACAGCGUGCUAUCGUCUUACCGCGUCAAGCUGCAUGAGCAGUAUCGCAAUCAUCGACUCGACUCGAUGCAUUAUCCGCGCGAGUCCGAGCGACCGCAGGCGCGACUCACCAACGACUAGAUACAGAUACUACGACAGCGCAGGCCAGCGUUGCUCGGUCAAAUUUACAUUAGCGCGCCCGCUCUCAUGCUGUGCAUCUCAGUACCUGGCCCGCUUUGGAUCGCCAUAGCCAUUUUGAUAGGCGCCGUCGUGCGGUCCGCGGUCAUAGUCACGCUUUGACCCUCCGUAGUCACCCGUGUCCCUGCUGGGCGCCUGCAAAACCGAAUGCGCGUCAGCACACGCACAGCAGACAGGAAACGCUUGGUACGUACGUAGCCGAUGCCGGCGCCUCUCGGUGGGCCUCGGUUUUGGCCAAAUGCAUCUGUACCGUUAGACCCUCGCGAAUCAUAGCUGCUUCCGUAUCG